CUCUAUAUGCCUUCGAGCUCGCAGCUCGAGAGUGGCCUGGCUCGCGUGGCGCAACCCCUUGAGCGGACUGGGUGGGCCUCCAAAUAUCUCGGUCCUGUUUUGCCGCCGUCGCCGCCUCGACGUUUCACCCUCUUUAAUACUCCACGGCCUCUCCACAGCUCGACGCUGUCCAGAGGUCUCACUACCUGUCCAACUUCCUCUCACCUCUUGUCAUGGACUCGCUCAGAGGCCUAAGGGACAGUCUCGACUCGUCACGACCACCGGCGGGGCCUAGCAAACGGCAUGAGAAGAGGCUGAACCAGGAUUUCAAGGCCGCUGCCCUGCAUCUUACCAAUCUCUACCGCAGCUCUCUCUCCACCUCACACAGCUCGCACCGCCAAGGCUAUCUGCAGGGAUUGGGCGACAUCCUUGAUCUCAUCUUGCUGCGCGCAUCGCAAGCGGGCGCUACCUUCAGACGCGACACUGUCUUUGACGAUGUGGAAGGCAGCCAUGAGAUGACAGCAUCCCACAAGGAGCUCAUGUGGCUCGUCCAUUAUCUUCGCGCUCGCAUAGAGGCGAUCAAGAGUGACAGCGAUGAUGAUGACCUCGAGGGCGAUCUGGAGACCUCGGCGCCACACCCGCCAACUGCGCAGCCACCGUCAUCGUCUACAGCAUUUGCCAAUCAAGCGGGUCCUGCUGCGUCAUCGUCCUCGCGAAGAGAACCUAGCUCGACACCCGGCCUGUCCAUCGAUCAGGAGGACGAGCGCAACUCGCCUGCUGCGUCGACGGCGCCCAAUACGCCCGCUACACGUUCACAUCGCACUUCCCGUCCGCAACAUCAAGGCGAUGGCGCCCGCUCGCAUGAGAGCUCGUCAGACGACCGCUCAUCAGAGUCAGCCAGGAUGGCGACAACGCCAGCUCGACGAGCCCCUUCUAGCGCAUUCUCAUUCUCCCUUGCGCCGAGCCCCGUCGUCUCGUCAAUGGCCGCAUCUCCCUCCACUCACCUGCGUAGGAAAGCGAGAGGCAUACAUUCGAUUCAGCAAGGCGGCAGCUACCCCCUAAGGAGCACGAGCAGCGGAGCGGCUACCUUGCCCCCCGUCGGCGAGGAGAGGGUAGAGGCUGACCAGGUGACCCUCAUGGACGAAGACAUGCGCGAGGAUAGAGGGCAUGGGCGUCGAGGCCCCGUAGCUCGUGCAGACGGGGACCUAGGCAAGAGGAGGAGGAAGGUCAGCCGCAAUAACAGUGGCGGCGGGGCAGCUGGCGGGCACGUAGGGGGCGGCGAGCGUGCUUCUAGCGGCCAGCAAUCAUAGUAUUGAACACGGGCGAGACACGUAGGGAGAAGUCACAUCUGAGCGAGAGCACCAAGGCAUCGCCGGCGUCGAAGGAAGUAGUCGAGCCAGCGGCCUGACAGUCACAAACCUACGCAAACACACACGCGCGCGCCCGCUCACGAGCUGUCGCCCAGAGACAUCCUCUCAUCGAGCAUACCUGAACACGCCUCUAUACACACAAUUGUACUCCUACUCAGAGCCACGUCC